AGCCAUGUAGACAGUGGAGAUCUCCUCUGAAGCAGGGUUGCUCGAUGUAUCGCGAGAAAACCCGAAUUCUCAGCAGGCCUACAGCGAGAUUUCCUCCUACCUCUCCGUAUGCGAAAUCGGCUGGUGUCAUCCCAAAGACAGAUUGCUGGUCUGAAGAAGCUCACUACUGAAUCAUGGGGAAUAUUUUUGGUAAUCUUCUGAAGAGUCUCAUAGGAAAGAAGGAGAUGAGGAUUCUGAUGGUUGGAUUGGAUGCUGCUGGUAAAACAACCAUCCUGUACAAACUCAAGCUGGGGGAGAUUGUUACCACCAUCCCAACCAUUGGUUUUAAUGUGGAGACAGUGGAGUAUAAGAACAUCAGCUUCACUGUGUGGGACGUUGGUGGCCAAGAUAAGAUCCGACCUCUCUGGAGACACUACUUCCAAAACACACAGGGUCUGAUCUUCGUGGUGGACAGUAACGAUCGAGAGCGAGUGAAUGAAGCCAGAGAGGAGCUGAUGAGGAUGUUGGCAGAAGAUGAGCUGCGUGAUGCUGUUCUCCUCGUUUUCGCCAAUAAACAGGACCUGCCUAAUGCAAUGAAUGCAGCUGAGAUCACAGAUAAGUUGGGCCUCCACUCGCUGCGUCAUCGCAACUGGUACAUCCAGGCCACCUGCGCAACCAGUGGCGACGGCCUGUAUGAAGGCCUUGACUGGUUGGCCAAUCAGCUAAAGAAUAAGAAGUGAGGGGGUCUCAGGCAGGUGUGGAGGGCUUAUUUAGGGCAAGGGGUGGGGUCACUUGGGGUUAUCGUAUUAUUUGGUUUGGUUUGGUUUGUUUACGUUUGAUUUUUUUGCAAAUGUGUGGUUAUUAGAGCCUUCAGAUGGUCUGUGUAAAUGGGCUCCUCAUACAUGUUCACACAUCAAAAUAUAUAUGGACACAUACACGUGUGCACCUCGACGAACACAUGAGCACACAAACAUUAACGUCUCUGCUCUUUGGUGGUUUCUCUGUCUUCAAUGUCAAAUGGACCUCAAAUCGCAUGUAUACAGUCAAGUAUACAGUAUAAUAAAGCAUCCCAGAAUAGUCAUUAUCUCUCCAUGCACUGUUUUUCCGAACUUUGGUUUAUCUGUAUUGGAAUUUUUCACACAAAGAUAAAUGUUUUCUCUAAAAUAUAUGUUUCAAUUAGAUUUUCAAUGGCGUAUAUUCAUUAAGAUCGUAAUGCGGUUUGUCUCAUCUCUCUCUCUCUCUCUCUCUCUCUCUCUCACACACACACACACACACACACACACUCACACACACUAACAGCUCUCUCCUUCUCCUGCUGGUCAGUAACUGUGUUAGUCAGAGUUGAGUGUGCUGUGUAAACAUGCUUCCCACUGUGUCCUCCUGCAUGACUUGGAGAGUCUUGUGGUAGUCUCAGUAGACAGAAGAUUGCAUGAAUAUGUGUUGUAGAGUUAUAGAGCUGCUCAGUGUUGCAUGCUGCUUUGUUGUGAUGUUGUGUUAGAAAGCUGGUAUCAUGAAUGGCUGAUCAUUUAGAUGUAAACAAUGGAAAAUUCAGAUGAGUGGAGUAGCAGAAAUCAUGAAAGGUUGUGAAAAAUAGUCACACAAGUAACACAGUACACAUGCUAUGGUUAGCUACUUUGCAGUUAAGCUGGUAGAAAGUGACAGAGAUCAGAAUCUUACAUGAGUAGAGUGUUGGGCAAAAUAAACAGUAAUGUAACAUUGUUGUGUUAUUUGUUCCCAUCAUGCUUUUGUCUGCAUGACAUGCAUGCUGCUUAGAUAGAUAUAUAGAUGGAUGGAUGGAUGGAUGGAUGGUCGAAUAGAUAGAUAGAUAGAUAGAUAGAUAGAUAGAUAGAUAGAUAGAUAGAUAGAUAGAUAGAUAGAAACAUAGAUAGAUACAUAGAUAGAUAGACAGAUAGGUAUGUAUGUAGGUAGGUAGGUAGAUAGAUAGAUAGAUAGAUAGAUAGAUAGAUAGACAGAUAGAUAGAUAGAUAGGUAGGUUCAGAAUGUUCCUGUUGUUGUCCCGGUUGCUGCAUAUUUGUUCAUUCAUUUAAAAUUUAUAUUGUUAUUGAAAAUGUAUUUUUAUGUAUGUAUUGUCUCUUUGCCAGGUGAUUUUAUAUGAAAAUCCACAUUUGCUUUUAGUGCUGUGAGAAGUUGGAUAAUGUUAACAAAUAAUAGAGGAAACUAUGUGCACACACACACACACACACACACACACACACACACACACACACACACACACACACACAGGUACACGUGUCUGUGUUUUGAGACAAACCUCAUUACGUUACGUUUCUUGAUAUUUCCCUGUGUUAGCUGUAAGUAUUUUAUUUGCAAUACACAAUGUGAGGAUUUGUAACAUAUCACUCCCAUUGAAUGUGAAUUCUGUGUUAUUAUUUAUUUGCUAAUACUGUGUCAAUGAACUGUGUAUCCAUUGUAUUUAUUUGAACAUUGUCUUCAAGUAGCAACAGAAGGAUUCUUUGAAUAUUUAUGCUUCAGGGUUGUUUUUCCUCAAUGUUGGGUCAAUUGGUUUUCAUACAGCACGUAAUCAUUUCAUACAGUGCUGAAACUUUAUGUAAAAUAAAGAUAUCGUGUUUACCAAG